AUGAUUUGGAGACUUCUCACUGGGGUCGCCUUUGUGGCCAACCUUGCAGGACUAGUUACUGGGUAUGGCACGACCGUCUUUGUCGAAGUCAGCUAUUGCCCGGCUACCUAUACAACCUCUACGCUUGCAACAAGGACGAUGUCUAGUGCUCCAUCGUCGACCUCAAGUCUCACUCCGAUCGUCCUUACUGUCAUGCAGGGUUUUGGCGAGCAACCUCAAUAUGUAUCAGCAGAUGGAACCAUGACAAACGACUCUUCGUUGGCCGUGGAUUUCUCCAUAAAUCCUACAGGACAGCUUGAAGGAGCAGGAGGGUUCAUAUCGACCGAUGGGAAUGAGGCCUCGAUGACCUUUGAAGUUUCUCCAACACCCGGUGCUAUCUCGACUUUCUUUUCGCUUGUCAGCAACGAUACGAUCGCACGAAGAGAUGAUACACACGCCAGCAAAAUCUUGGUAUGGAGGAAUAUCGCUUUUUUUGGUGGUGAGGCUACGUUCUGCGUGUUUGGCUCAAUCCUCGAGGUUGUUUUUGGGGGUACAUUACCUCCAGGCUGCCAUGAAGUUCUACUUGGUGCAAUUCCUGCCAGCGAUGUACAGAAUCCGACUUCAUUCUCCAUGACCACUGUUCCACCAUCCAGCACAAGCACGGAUUCAGCCAUUCUCACGGACACCACAACGACUACAUACUCGUUCGUGCCGACCUCCCAUAGUCCAUCAUUGAGCCCUACAAGAGAGCCGACUUCAGCGUCUACGACCAGUCAAACUUCUAGUCUAUACUUGUCACCGAGCUCAACUAGAGCCGAAAGCAGCGCUACAACUUCUUACAGUAGCACUCUCACGUCUACUUCGUCUCCGACUCUUUCUGAUUACCCUGCACCCACAACCACAGGAAUUCCAAACUGCUACGAUCGAUCUCCGUUCGAUGGCACUGUCAACAAUGAUUACUUGAUCCUUUGCGACACGGACCUUCCCGGAUAUGAUAUUCAACGAGUCUCUGCGUCUAAUAUUGCCGAUUGCAUUGAUGAGUGUAAUUCAUAUAUACCGUCGUCACAAGGUCCAUGUGUGGCUAUAGCCUUUGAUAUUCUCGCACCAGCGAAUCCAUGCGCACUAAAGUACAACAUCAGUGACGUUUUCAGAGGCGCCGACUCAUUCUCUCAAGCUGCGAUUUUGGUCAAUCAACCAUACUCGCCAGAAAUUGUAUUCGCGGAGCCACCAACUUCCAGUUCAUCUUCUACGAGUGAGGAGACUUCUUCAACGAUGCCUCCGCCAGAUUCCACGUCCAGUCCAAGCUCGGUCGCAACGACACCUUUACCAGAAUUCACGACCAGUCUGAGUUCUAUUCCCACUACACCUCCAGCGUCACCGAUGACUUCGGGCACUGGAGCUGCGAUAAGCACAAGUGCAGCCACUCAACGACCCCCUUCCCCCACUACCACGAGGACAACACAGACAAGUCCAAGUAUGACGAGUUCAUCGCAUAACUCUCCGGCUACACCAGCGAGCUCCAGCACGACACGCACAUCUACAUUGCCAGUGCCAACUUCGUCACCAAUCACGUCUUCUACAACGAGCCAGCAACCAGCAACAGUGGCUACAACAACAAUGGGUCAGCAGCAAUCAAGCAAUCCCCCGUCCACCUUUCGCAGUCCCUUGAGCUCUUCGACCAGCCCAUCGGCUGUUUCCUCGAGUACAUCCAUGGUUGUUUCCAGUGUCAUUAGCUCUACCAGCGCGUCACCAACGUCACCAACGACAGGUCCAACAUUCAACGCUCCAUCGAGUUCUUCGGGUCCAAUAUCGUCCACGAGCUCUAUAGUCACAACACCCUCCACCAGUCUUGCUGCCACGUCACUAUUCACCACUUCGUCACCUAGACCCAUCACAACAACACUUCUUUCAUCAACCACAUCCACAUCCGCAACUCUCUCGUACUGUUCUGCUACUCCAAUCACGACUUCUUUGUGCCCGGCGUACGACCACCAAGCGCUGAACGUCAAUGGCGACGGGUCAUGUUAUGAAGUCGAAUGUUCCACCACCCUUCAAGGCAACAUCUUGACGGGCAACUCGACCACCGCAUCGUCACUCAAGACAUGUACAAGUUUCUGUACGCUUUACAAUGUAGCCGUACCCUUUGGCUGUGUUGGUGUCAAUUUUUUGGGGUCUCUGUCCGGGAACAGUCCGAAUUGUAUCCUCAUGUCCAGCGUCAGUAGUACGACUUUUGGCGGUGGAAUCGACUCGGCAAGAUUAUUGUAUCCCGGAUAUCCGUCCAUAAAUGACCCGGAUUACCUCGGUGCCACAACGACGACGGUUGCUGUUAGUACGAUACGUUCCUCCUCUUCCUCUUCCGCGACGUCACUGGUCGGAGGGAGCAGUAGUGGUAGCGGUGGUAGCCAGACAGGCACGAGUGCGGGUGGGACAAGAACGAGUGCGACGAGCACGACCAGUACGACAACCCUUUCACCACCUUCGUGCCCCGCCGCACCGACCGCGUCAUCGUGUCCGGCCCCCUCGGGUUCCCCUGUGCCGUACUGCUACAACUACACCAACUACGGCAACACCGCCCCCUUCGAGGUCGAAUGCUCGACGAGUUUCACGGGCGCCACCAUGCAACCCUUGCUCGCCUUCAGCUUCGAGGACUGCGUGAGUUGGUGCCAGUACGCCAACAUCUUGGUGCCCAACAGCUGCGUCGGCAUGACCUACCAAUACGGCACCGUGUCGCAGGGAGGGAGCAACAACUGUGUCCGGUACAGUACGUUGACGUGCGCGAGCAGGGGCAAUGCGACCUACGGCAGUGCGAGGUUGAUCUGGAGUGGGCACCCCGCCAUGACGGAUUACGGGGGUAAUUUUGGAUGUUGA